UUGUGCCAGUACACCAGGUGCCUACAUGUGGAGACCGAACACGGAACAAGAAGCCAGUUAUGUUUUCCAGGAAUUUAUUCAUCCCAAUGAAAAUACUUUAUGGACUGGUGCAAAUGAUAGAGACGGUGAUGGGACCUAUACAUUUUACAAAGAAAAUGGUCCAUUUUCAAAAGAUCUUCCCCCAUUUGGAUCAGCCGAUUUUGGAUUAAAUCCUGGCAAUGUCUAUGUGACGAUACACUAUGUAAUUGGUCAACGUUUGUGGUUUUGGUAUGAUUGGAACAAAUUUGAUUCUUCUCGUUACAUAUGCGAGUAUCAACGAAGAGUUUGUCCGUAGAGAGGAUGUAUGCCAUUGCAGUACUUGAUGUAAUAAAAUCGUUGAAGCAGA